AAGAAAGGAAGACGUUAGAGAAAAAGAAAGUGGGGGAGAAAGGAAAAAUGGGAAAAAAAGACAAGAGAAGGGAGGAGAAGAGUAAAAUAGAGAGAGAGGAAGAGAGAAAGAGAGGGAGAGAAAGAGGUAAAUGUACGCAACAUCACAGUUCUUAUGCAUGGCAAACUUCAAGAGUUUGCACAAACGAACAGUCGACGGUUUUUAACACAGUGCUCAGAAAGGGGACAGAGGACAAAGCCCAGAAGGAAGCUGCAUAUUCCCUAAGAAAGACCCUUCUUUACCAUGGCUGUUUUCACAACAAUGAAAAAUCUGAUGGUGCCUUUGGUGGUUGUGGCAUUCUUGUCCCCAUGUCUUGGCAUGAGCAACGAAGUGGAUUAUGGGAAUUGGAACUACAGAGAGGGAGCGGAGAAUGUGAACGUGGCCAACAUACGCAGCGUGACUCGAGUGUUGGACGCCUGGGGCAAACGCAUAUUCAAAGAUAUCAAGACCCUUUUACACUCACAGCCCAAUGCCCUUCUGCCAGACUAUUCCAGGGUUCGUCCUCUCUCGGAGUCUCUGAAUGAUCUCUUCAGGGAAGUUUCACAUUUACAGAGACGCAUCACAGACCUCAAUAAUCGCCUCUCGACCCUGGAGCCCUUCCUCCGCCAGCACGGGUACCGGGAGGAGGGGGAGGACGGAGGGGACGGCAGGGGCCCGGAGAGCGCAAGGGCCGGGCCGAGUCAAGCGACGUUUCCGCGGCGAUACACGGUGCGAGUCGUCCGUCCUGUGAACCGGGCGCUGAGAAGCAGACGGGUGAAAGUGAUCCAAAACAGAAAGGUCAAAUCGAGUGAGAGUGAGAGGUAGAUGGAGAGAUGGAAUAUUUGCAAAUAUUAUCCUCAGAUGCAUUAAUGUUGUUAUUCAGGAUUGGAAAUUUAAUCUUUAUAUUAGACGUGUAUAGGCUAUAUCUGCUUUUGUCCCUCACGUUCGGGGCCUAAAGGUGCGAUUAAAGUUCCCUCACAGAAUAAAACAAAUGUUGGGGAUGUUUAUUGUAGAAACUUAUCCAGCAGGAAAGAGUAAACACAAACCACCUUCCUAACAGGACCAUAAGCUACAAUCAGUUAUCAACUUCUGUGGGGAUUCUUUAAUGAAAUAUUUGGUAUCCAGAGCCAUGUGUGGGAAUAAAACACUUUAAAUAUUUCUGUCAA